AUGUCUUCUCCUACAAUGAAGAAACCUGAAAAGCCUUUGUUUAGUCCUACUUCUCCCCAGGAUUCUUCACCAAGACUGAGCACUUUUCCCCAGCAUCACCACCCAGGAAUCCCAGGAGUUGCACAGAGUGUCAUCUCAACUAGAACUCCACCUUCACCUUCACCAUUGCCAUUUCCAGCACAAGCUAUUCUCCCUCCUGCCCCGUCUAGCUACUUCUCUCAUCCAACGAUCAGAUAUCCUCCCCACCUGAAUCCUCAGGAUACUCUGAAGAAUUAUGUACCUUCUUACGACCCAUCCAGUCCACAGACUAGCCAGCCUAACAGCAGUGGUCAAGUAGUAGGGAAAGUGCCUGGCCAUUUUACUCCAGUUUUGGCACCCUCUCCCCAUCACAGUGCGGUGCGACCUGUGACCCUGACCAUGACAGAUACUAAACCCAUCACUACAUCCACUGAAGGUGAGGCAUCUUCACCUACAGCAACCACCUACACAGCCUCAGGCACAUCCCAAGCCAAUCGAUAUGUGGGACUAAGCCCAAGAGACCCAUCCUUCCUACACCAGCAACAGCUGAGGAUUUGUGACUGGACCAUGAAUCAAAACGGCAGGCAUUUAUACCCCAGUGCCAGUGAGGAUACAUUGGGAAUUACUUGGCAAAGUCCUGGUACCUGGGCUAGCUUGGUUCCUUUUCAAGUAUCAAACAGGACACCAAUCCUGCCGACAAAUGUCCCAAAUUAUGGUUUGAACAUAAUUGGAGAGCCUUUCCUUCAAGCAGAAACAAGUAACUGAGGGAAAAAAAAAAUAAAAGAAAAAAUAGAAAAAGGAAAAAAAGGAAGACGGGACGAGAGAAAAAACUGAAGAAAGAAAAAAAAAUAGACCAGCAAUUGCAGCACUUACAAUCACUAAUUCCCUUAUGGUUAAAACUGAAAUGACACACAAAGGGUCGAUGAUAUUUCACUGAUGGGUAGAAUGCAGCCCCUGCUAAGUAGCCUUUGUUAUAUGAAGUCCGCUGGGAAAUAGAUGUUCUGUCUCUGACAAUAUAUUUUAACUGACUUUCUAGAUGCCUUAAUAUUUGCAUGAUAAGCUAGUUUUAUUGGUUUAGUAUUCUUGUUGUUUACGCAUGGGAUCACUGUUCCUGGUUAUCUCACAAAACAAAGGCUAAGCAGCAGCAACAGAGCUGCAGGAGGACAAGGGCUGUGAGCCAGCCAUUUUCUCAACACUCUGAUUUCUAAAUGUUUUAAAAAUACGCUCUGUAGCCUUUAGUUAUCAGUAUGGAUUUACUAAACUUUGGCCCUUAACUCAGCCUUUUCUAGUGUGUUACCCAGUUUGAAAUUUUCAAUCAGAAUGAACACACGGGCUCUAUGUAAGAAAUGCCUCUAUGUAGGUAAAAGUGUUAUCUUUUCAUGCAACAGUAAAAAGAAAAUGAAAAAAACAACAACAACAACAAAAAAACCCACACGAACUUUUCCCACUAAAGAAACACUUACAGAGGCAAGUGCAAUUUAAAAAUCAUAUCUAAGGGGUCAUCAUUAUAAGUCCUUCAGCCCUUGGACUCUAAAUUGAGGGGAUUAAAAAAAAAAAAAAUUAAAAAUUGCUUUGAACAAAUUUAUUUUUCCCCUCAGUUUUUGAGGGCAUUAAAAGGCAUUACAUCAAGACAAAUCAUGUCCUUGAGAAAAAGAAAUCAAU